AUGCUACGCAACCUUUUCACUCAGGUUGAAUUAGGAGACCGCACCCCAUCGCAGUUAUUGAGGCACAUGCGAACCUUACUGGGUGACAACAAAAUGUCCGAGAACAUUAUGCGGAGCUUAUGGCUGGACAAGUUACCCACUACAACAACACAAAUCUUCGCACCCAUGACGAAGGAAACGCAGACAGAAAAACUCGCGGACAUUGCAGAUCGGAUCCAUGAAAGUUUUCGAAGCCGCGGGGUAAACUCUAUCCAACCACAACCAGCCCAACAAAGAGACAGGGAAUUUAACGACCUCAAGUCUACUCUAGAAAGGUUGUCUAUACAAUUACAAGGCUUGCAAAAAGACCGACAGUACCGCCGCGAUAAAUGUCCAGGCUACAGAAAGCGAAGUUUCAGCAGAGACCGGACUGACAACCGCAAUCGAGAAGAUGAAAUUUGUUACUACCACAAAAGGUUUGGUCCUGAGGCGAGACGUUGUACACGUCCUUGUUCUUUCAACAACGCGAAUGCGGGAAACGGAAAUUCCAGCUAG